CGUGUUCAGGAAGUUUAAACAACAAUCCUGAACGGAAGCUGCAGCAUGCAUCGAGAGUUAUAGUAUUUUGUUGCAAUUAAUAAAGCUGUUUUAUUGUCUCGGGGAUGGAGAACUGGAGCCUUUUGUCCCUUUGUGUUUUGCUCGGUCUUACGGCGAGAUGGGCUGUAUCCUUGAACUCUUAUUCAGGUAGGAAGUGGACCAUAGCUAGCUAGCUUUAUGCUAAUGUUGCACCUGCAGGGAUCACUGACAGCUCUCUGUUUCAUAGUUACGUAGUUAGCUAGAAAUGCUAGCUAGCUUGACAUUGUAAACUUGUCAAAUUGUUGAUUUUGAGUGGUAAAAUGCAACCGGUAUUUUGGUGCAAUGAUUUUUGACAUUAGGUUGCUAGACAGACAGAAACAUGAGUCAGCUUGCUAGCUAGCUAGCCACUGUUCAGCAGCAGGACUGUAAUCUCUUCCUCUGCAUAUUUGCUCAAGCUAGCUAGCUAUUAUUAUUAAGCAGCAUUUUCACCCAUUUCUCUUAUUUUCAGGGGCAGGCAAACCACCCAUGUUCGGGGACUACGAAGCUCAAAGGCACUGGCAAGAAGUGACAUACAAUCUGCCUGUUCAUGAAUGGUUGGUCUAUGCACCUGUCUAAUAGCCUACGGGCCUGUCUUGCAUCUUUGUUGUGUUUUAUAUUGUUUCUAAGCAAUAGCUAGGAUAACUCAAUGUUGUUUUCAUCCUUCAGGUACUUCAACACUACAGACAACAACCUAAACUACUGGGGUUUGGACUACCCCCCCCUCACAGCCUACCACAGCCUUCUCUGUGCACAUGUGUAAGUCUGAGGGCACACACCCAAACAUUAGGAUCGUGGGUUCGAUUCCUGCUGAGGCCACCCGUACGAAAGUGUAUGCACACAGUACUGCAAGUUGCUUUGGAUAAAAGCAUCUGCUAAAUGGCAUAUAUUAUGGUUAUUAUGAUUAUAUUACUAUGUUGUGCUUUCCUGCAGGGCCAUGCUGAUAAACCCAGACUGGGUGGAGUUGCAUGCGUCUCGAGGUCAUGAAAGCUAUGGACAUAAGUUGUUUAUGAGAGCCACAGGUAAGACUACUGACAGACAGGUUAAAGAACAGUACACAUCAACGCUACUGACGGACAGGUUAAAGAACAGUGCACAUCAAACAGCUAUUGACAGUCAGGUUAAAGAACAGUACACAUCAAACAGCUAUUGCAACCGCCUGUUGUUGUUAGUGUUGCAGUAUCACUUAAAUCUAAUGUACACCAAAUAUGGUGGUAUACUGAUUGCUUUGUCUCUUUCUCUCUGCGUACACUUUACAUAAAACGACUAUAAAUUAUUAUUUGUUUAUUAUGCCAACAAGAGAGACGUACACACGUGACUACUGGAUAGAAAGAAGUUGCUUUCUUUCUGCAUAUGCCUAUCCUGUGUCACAAUAUGACAGAUUAUAUGUCAUUCAUUUAUCACAAGAAGAAGCACUGUAUAACGUCAGAGCACAACCUCCCCCCCCCCCCCCCCCCCCCCCCCCCCCCUCCCCUCCCCUCCCAUCCCCUCCCCUCCCCUCCCCUCCCCUCCCCUCCCCUCCCCUCCCCUUCCCUUCCCUCCCCUCCCCUCCCCCCUCCCCUCCCCUCCCCCCUCCCCCCUCCCCUCCCCUCUCUGCACUGACUGUUGGUUUAGGGAUGAGCGUCACAUAGGAGUGAGACACCAACGAAGAACAUGGUCAGUCACUUGUUAUUCAUUUGUGGGACUGAAUAUAUGUAUCUUUGCUCAGUUCUUAUUGCAGAUCUGCUGAUAUACAUUCCUGCUGUUGUUCUUUACAGUUUUUACCUCAGUGAAGGAUCAAACAAAAAGAAGGUAAGGCAGAAUUCAGACAUUUACAUUCCCUCUAUUUGAUGUGCUCCUAACUAAAAAUAAGUGCAGUCUCAGUUUUGAGAACUAGAAGAACAAAGAUACUGUAUUGCAUUGGCAUUACCUGCCCGUCUCACUAUAAUGUGUUGUGUUCUCUUCUCGCCUAGGUCUGCACAGUCCUCUGUAUCCUGCUCUAUCCAGGCCUUAUUCUAAUCGACUACGGGCAUUUCCAGUAUCCUUUAAAAACCCAAGCUAUUUCUAUCACUGGAUCAUAUUAUUAUUAUUUCAAAAUCAUGACCAUCUCUUGUCAUCCCAUGUAUGUACAGUCGUGGUCAAAAGUUUUGAGAAUGACACAAAUAUUAAUUUUCACAGUCUACUGCCUCAGUUUUUAUGAUGGAAUUUGCAUAUACUCCAGAAUGUUAUGAAGAGUGAUCAGAUUAAUUGCAAUUAAUUGCAAAGUCCCUCUUUGCCAUGAAAAUGAACUUAAUCCCCCAAAAACAAUUCCACUGCAUUUCAGCCCUGCCACAAAAGGAACAGCUAACAUCAUGUCAGUGAUUCUCUCGUUAACACAGGUGAGAGUGUUGACAAGGACAAGGCUGUAGAUCACUCUGUCAUGCUGAUUGAGCUAGAAUAACAUACUGGAAGCUUUAAAAGGAGGGUGGUGCUUGAAAUCAUUGUUCUUCCUCUGUUAACCAUGGUUACCUGCAAGGAAACACGUGCCGUCAUCAUUGCUUUGCACAAAAAGGGCUUCACAGGCAAGGAUAUUGCUGCUAGUAAGAUUGCACCUAAAUCAACCAUUUAUCGGAUCAUCAAGAACUUCAAGGAGAGAGGUUCAAUUGUUGUGAAGAAGGCUUCAGGGCGCCCAAGAAAGUCCAGCAAGCGCCAGGACCGUCUCCUAAAGUUGAUUCAGCUGCGGGAUCGGGGCACCACCAGUGCAGAGCUUGCUCAGGAAUGGCAGCAGGCAGGUGUGAGUGCAUCUGCACGCACAGUGAGGCGAAGACUUUUGGAGGAUGGCCUGGUGUCAAGGAGGGCAGCGAGGAAGCCACUUCUCUCCAGGAAAAACAUGAGGGACAGACUGAUAUUCUGCAAAAGGUACAGGGAUUGAACUGCUGAGGACUGGGGUAAAGUCAUUUUCUCUGAUGAAUCCACUUUCCGAUUGUUUGGGGCAUCCGGAAAAAAGCUUGUCCGGAGAAGACAAGGUGAGCGCUACCAUCAGUCCUGUGUCGUGCCAACAGUAAAGCAUCCUGAGACCAUUCAUGUGUGGGGUUGCUUCUCAGCCAAGGGAGUGGGUUCACUCAAAAUUUUGCCUAAGAACACAGCCAUGAAUAAAGAAUGGUACCAACAUCCUCCGAGAGCAACUUCUCCCAACCAUCCAAGAACAGUUUGGUGACGAACAAUGCCUUUUCCAGCAUGAUGGAUCACCUUGCCAUAAGGCAAAAGUGAUAACUAAGUGGCUCGGGGAACAAAACAUCGACAUUUUGGGUCCAUGGCCAGGAAACUCCCCAGACCUUAAUCCCAUUGAGAACUUGUGGUCAAUCCUCAAGAGGCGGGUGGACAAACAAAAACCUACAAAUUCUGACAAACUCCAAGCAUUGAUUAUGCAAGAAUGGGCUGCCAUCAGUCAGGAUGUGGCCCAGAAGUUAAUUGACAGCAUGCCAGGGCGGAUUGCAGAGGUCUUGAAAAAGAAGGGUCAACACUGCAAAUAUUGACUCUUUGCAUAAACUUAAUGUAAUUGUCAAUAAAAGCCUUUGACACUUAUGGAAUGCUUGUAAUUAUACUUCAGUAUACCAUAGUAACAUCUGACAAAAAUAUCCAAAAACACUGAAGCAGCAAACUUUGUGAAGACCAAUACUUGUGUCAUUCUCAAAACUUUUGACCACGACUGUACAGCCAGUGUGAUUAUAAAUAAUGAGAUGAAUCAUGGUAGAACCAGUUUGAUAGGGGACCUUGAUUUGUAUGAAUGAGGCAUAGCAGAGCAGCCGGUAACAGUACCAUCAUGACUAUGCAUUCUUUAACUGGGUGUCAGAUAUAACAGUAUAAGCCUGGGGCUGGCCCUAUGGGGUGUGGUGGGUCUGGGUCUGGGCUGGGACGUGCUGGGCUCUCUGGCCUUCGUCCUGGCCCUCAACUACAAACAGAUGGAGCUCUACCACUCCCUGCCCUUCUUCUGCUACCUACUGGGCAAGUGUUUCAAGCAGGGCCUGGCAGGUCGAGGGUGAGUUAGCUAACUUAGACUUACACCCCUGGCUAAGGGGGUUUGUGUGUGUGGUGAGAUGAUAUACAGUGGGGUCUGAAAUUGACACCCUUGAUAAAGAUGUGCAAAAAUGACUGUAUAAAUUAUUCAAAUACUGAGCUAUAUUGUAUGCUGAAAACUAUGGAAUUUAUAUUAUUUUAUACUAAUACAAUUGCUCAGAGAAAGAGGUUUUGUUUAACGUUCAUAUAUUUUUUUUCUCAAAAAGGUAGUGGUCAAAAUUAGACACUCCUGUUUUCAAUACCUUACCUUGCGAGGAUAACCGCACUGAGCCUUUUUCUAAAAUGUUUUAUGAGCGCGAGAACCUAUUGGGAGGGAUCUGAGUGGCCAAAGAGCUCUAUUUUUGAUGUCAUCUGACCAAUGCACCGGUUCCAAUCCAAGUGCCAAUGCCGUUUAGCAAACUCCAAUAUUUACAUCUGUUGGAUGACAUGAAAAUAGAGCUAUUUGUCCACGCACACCAGUGGUGGGUUUGGCGUCGAAAUGAGAAUGCAUGAGCAGAAAAGAACCACAUACCAUAUAACAUAUAGUGGUGGAUCUUUGAUGUUAUGGGGCUAUUUUGCUUCCACUGGUCCUGGGGCCCUUGUUAAGGUCAACAACAUCAUGAACUUUACCCAGUACCAGGAUAUUUUAGCCAAAUAUCUGGUUGCCUCUGCCAUGAGGUUGAAACUUGUCCACAAGUGGAUCUUCCAGCAAGACAAUAACUCUAAACACACAUCAAAAUCCAAAAAUAAAUGUUUAAUUGACCACAAAAUCAACAUUUUGCAAUGGCCAUCUCAGUCUCCGGACUUGAAACCCUUUGAAAACCUGCGGUUUGUUUCAAGUUUUAAUGUCACAUGCACAAAUACAGUGAAAUGCAAACUCAAAACCCAACAUUGUAAUAAUCAAUUGCAAUGUAUUACUAGAAAGAAACAUGCGAGAAAUAAGAAAAAUAAAUAUGAAAUACACAAUAAAGUAAGGAAAUAUUUUAAAUGUCAGUUCCAAUACCAUAAUUACAUGUGGAGGGAUACUGAAGUGAUGGAGGUAGAUACAGUGCAUUGGGAAAGUAUUCAGAUCCCUUGACUUUUUCCACGUUACGUUACAGCCUUAUUCUGAAAUAGAUUAAAUUGUUUUUUUCCCUCAUCAAUCUACAUACAAUACCCCAUAAUGACAAAGCAAAAACAGGUUUGUAGACAUUUUUGAAGUUAUUAAAAAUAAAAAACGGAAAUAUAACAUUUAUAUAAAUACUCAGACCCUUUACUCUGUACUUUGUUGAAUCACCUUUGGCAGCGAUUACAGCCUUGAGUCUUCUUGGGUAUGACGCUACAAGCUUGGCACACCUGUAUUUGUGGAGUUUCUCCCAUUCUUCACUGCAGAUCCUCUCAAGCUCUGUCAGGUUGGAUGGGGAGCGUCGCUGCACAGCUAUUUUCAGGUCUCUCCAGAGAUGUUUGAUCGGGUUCAAGUCCGGGCUCUGGCUGGGCCACUCAAGGACAUUCAGAGACUUGUCCCGGAGCCACUCCUGCAUUGUCUUGGCUGUGUGCUUAGGGUCGUUAUCCCGUUGGAAGGUGAACCUUCGCCCCAGUCUGAGGUCCUGAGCUCUCUGGAGCAGGUUUUCAUCAAGGAUCUCUCUGUACUUUGCUCCGUUCAUCUUUCCCUCGAUCCUGACUAGUCUCCCAGUCCCUGCCGCUGAAAAACAUCCCCACAGCGUGAUGCUGCCACCACCAUGCUUCACCGUAGGGAUGGUGCCAGGUUUCCUCCAGACGUGACCCUUGGCAUUCAGGCUAAAGAGUUCAAUCUUGGUUUCAUCAGACCAGAGAAUCUUGUUUCUCAUGGUCUGAGUCUUUAGGUGCCUUUUGGCAAACUCCAAGCUGGCUUUCAUGUGCCUUUUACUGAGGACUGGUUUCCGUCUGGCUACUCUACCAUAAAGGCCUGAUUUAGUGGAGUGCUGCAGAGAUGGUUGUCCUUCUGGAAGGUUCUCCCAUCUCCAUAGAGGAACUACGUCAGAGUGACCAUUUCUCAUAGCAAAGGGUCUGAAUACUUAUGUAAAUAAGGUAUUUAUUUCUGUUUUUCAUUUAGAAUACAUUUGCAAAAAUUUCUAAACCUGUUUUCGCUUUGACAUUAUGGGGUAUUGUGUGUAGAUUGAUGAGUAAUUGUUUUUAUUUAAUCCAUUUUAGAAUAAGGCUAUAACGUAACAAAAUGUGGAAAAAGUCAAGGGGUCUGAAUACUUUCCGAAUGCACUGUAUGUAUAGGGGUAAGGUGACUAGGCAACAGGAUAUAUGAUAAACAGAGUAGCAGCAGCUUGUAUGUGAGUGGGUGUGUAGAGUCAGUAUAAAUAUAUGUGCAUAUUAUGUGUGAGUGAGAUAAUGAUGGAGUGAGUGUUUGUGUGACAAUGUGUGUGAGUGUGUAGGGCCCUGUGAGUGUGCAUAGAGUGCAAAUAUUGAAAUAAAAAGUCAAUAAAUAUACAAGGUAAACUCGGUCAGUGAAUUGAAGAGGGCAGUCCAUAAGCGCAGAUCAAGGAUAACAAGGAAGGAUUCUGUAUGGAGGAAUGGUCUAAGAUCCCUCCCAAAAGCAUUAAAGAUCAGAUUAUAUUAUUUUCAUUAUUAACAUUUAUUUGAAUCAGCACAAUUAUUUUUAAAGUAAUACCCAGAAUCCACCACUUUCUGUAGCCAGUGGACAAAACAUGGAAAGUGCUAUACAGACUUUUCUGACAUGCAAAUCAAUAUUUAAUUUCAGAAUUGGUUAAAAUUAGGUUUGGUUAGGUUACAGUUAACGCUAGUCGGUUUGCAGGUCACAAAAGUCUGUAUAGCCCUUCCCACAAAACAUGGCCCCAUAAAGUAUCCUACAUUUUCCCCACUCUGCCACUCUCCCAAACAGGCGAGGCAAUCAGAUUGGAUGACUGUUGCUAGUGUCCCCGCAUUUGUCUAUCUAGUAACAAUGUACCAUGGACAUCUGGUAGCUAAUGGAUAGCUAGAUUAUAUGGGCAGGGGAAGAUAUGUCCAGAUGACAUUAUGGCCAUGCCCAAGCUCCUCGGCUGUUCCUGUGUGUGCAACUUUAUCACCACACAGCUUCUACAGCUGACCUACUGUGAAAUACUUUUAGCUGAUGCAUGGUUUUCACAACAUACAUUGACUAACUUGGGAUGUGGAUAGUUCCACUCACAGCUGAUGUGCUGAGAGAGAUGUGAGAUUCAGCCAAUGAAUACUGUUGACAAUAUGAAUGAUCAUGUUUCACUGCUUUACAGUACAUGUAAACGUAGCCAGUUUUGGGUAUCUUAGCCAGUUUUGGGAGUUUAUGUUUUGGGACAGUUUUAAAGGUUCGGUGUACUUUAUCAUUUGUUUCCUCAUCCACCACCCACCCAGGUUGUUCCUGCUAGUGAAGAUCGCUGUAACAGUCCUGGUGACCUUUGCCCUCUGCUGGUUGCCCUUCCUGUCUGACCCUGGCCAGGUCCUGCAGAUGGUGCACCGCCUUUUCCCUGUGGGGCGAGGCCUCUUCGAGGUACGUACUGUGUGAUUGAGAGUGACCCCCAAAAAGGUUUCAGUGUUCAAGGCAAUUAGUCAUACUAUCAAGUCAAGUGGUUUCCCUAACAUUCUUCGACGUGAGUCACCUAAAGCUUCUAGAAUGUUCUGGAGACCAACAGAGUAACCCAAACCAGGUUCUCCACCCACAGCCCAAUAUUGAGAGACCACACUAUCUGCCAAGUCGAAAUCAGUUGGUGUUAGAAAGACGAGGAGGUUUAAGGUAGUCAACAAAAUGCUGCCCUCGUAGACAGGAGUGGUACGCUGCGCCCCCUGUUCUUCACAGCACAGCCUACAUGCUCUUACAUACACAACCUGCUACCCUCCAUCAAUUCCUCUGUGCUUAGCCAAUUGGAAAUGGAUCCCCUGCAGGAUCAAAGAAAACAGAGGAAUAAAAUGGUGAAAGGUCAGAAGAUCAGGUUCGGGGGGAGGGGGGGGCAUAAAGAUAAAUCGAACACCUUUACUGCCAGGGUCUUUUCAGCACAUCAUUGCGGGGCCAUGUUUUAGCCAUGUGAUGCGUGGUUCUGUGCCAAGGGCCAACACUAUGCGUGUCAGAGUGCACCCAUUCGUUGUGCAAAACGUUGGCAGCUAAACUGCUGCGUCCUUGAAAAACUACUGCAUCCUUGAGAAGCGAAUUUACACGCGUGUAUGUACACCCAGCAAGGCCAUACAGGAAGAGAGGGGAGGAGAGGUGCGGAGGGGGGAAAUGAAAGACAGACGGACAGCGAUGGCUCACACUGGGGACAUUCCUUAGAGCAUCGCAACACUUCCACGCCGCCGUUGAAAGCGUGUCAUGGUCGAGCUGCUGAGGUAAAGCAACACCGUUACUGGGGGGGGUUGGCAGCUCAGAGGCCAAGGCCAGCUGCUCUACUUUUUGAAGCCUGCCCUGUGCCCGCCGUGUGCUGGCACCCAAGGUGCGGUGAUUUGUGAAGCAAUUGAAAAUUAAACAGUCAGCAUUGUGCAGACUAUGCCACAAGGAAACAGAAUCAAUAGAACAUAUUUUCUGAUACUGUCGAUCAGUGGCUCACUUUUGGAUUCAGGUCCAGGAAUGGUUGUUAUGUCAUAAUAUCAGGUUUCAGAUGGACCUGCAAACUGUAUUGUUAGGGGAUCUGAAAAACCACGAUCAGUCAAUGGGAAAUUGUACUCUUGGGUAAAGUAUUUAUUUUUAGGGCAAUGUCAGUAGAAAUGUUACAAAUAGGGAGGUUCAGGACCCUUCAGUAGUUCAGUAAGACAUCAUAGUAAGAUGGAGGGAUGUAUUGUAGAAGGAAAUAGCAAAAUGGCAUUAUACUGUGAAAGAUGGAUUAAUCUGUGGACUUGGGAGGGUUGGAGUUAAAAUCAGAAUGGCAUUAUACUGGGAAAGAUGGGUUAAUCUGUGGACUUGGGAGGGUUGGAGUUAAGAUCAGAAUGAAUGGUGGAUUGGCCACUGGGUGAAAAUCUAGAACCUGCAGAAAAAGGAAUUAGGAAUAUGUGUAUAAUUAUUUAACUACAUGCACCGUACAUGUGAGCGAAAAUAGCGGUAAGUAGCAGUAGAAGUAUUGUUGUCCGAUCAGGGUAGGGAUGGUAGGGGGGAAAGUACAAAUAAAUAAAUAUAAGGGGGAUUGGAAAUGAUGCAGACAAUUAAAUUGAUAGAGCCCACAAUCUAUCUGCAAUAUUAAAGCUGAUCUUUGUGAGGCUGGUCAGGGUGGCCGUAUGCGUGGCAGUUAUUUGUUUAUGAAAUGAUACAAACAUAAUACACAAGGUGUGAGUGCCUCUAUACCCCACGGAGCGAGGGGCUCCAGGAGAAGCCUGCCUGAACUCAUUGUGAAAUUGUGCACGUAAGCAGAAGCUGGACUGGGACAAGUGGACAGGGUGAGAAGGGGUGGUGGGGGGAGGAGGAAGGAGGGUAAGUUGUACAUUUACCCACGGCGCAGCACUCUGUCCGUCUCUGUUUUCCUGCUUCACAAAAAUGGCACCAAAUGCUGCAGCCUGUGAAAUUCCAAGCUGGCUUAUAGGUGAGGAGUGCCGCCAACGGCACUUACCCGCAUUUGCAGCCGAAACCCAGGUUCCUGUGUAGCCCUCAGCCCAGGCGGCGUUGGAGGACAUUCCGGUAGGGUAGUUAUUUGGGGUGGGCUACAGCGGGGCCUCGACGUCGGCAGGACAGACAGCCUGCUGACUGGGCCUGUCUGUAACCUCCACACACACAGCUGUGCUCUGAGCAGCUGUAGCAAGGCCCAGUGGACCACAUAUAAAUUCACCCUAUAGAAGAGACCACACUAUUACAAGACAUGAUUAGACUACAGUGUAAUCUAUGCAUUGUAUUUCUACGUUGUGUCAUAUCACAGCCAGUAGAAGCAGCAGGGGGCCUUAACAUCUUAAUAUCUGAUCUCAGAACAACUGCUAAGGCCAUAAAUCACAUGAAUCACACAGUCAGUCCUCAGUCCUCCAUUUCCUGCUAGCUACCCCAAACGCAAAGACCGUCGUUAAGGCAGACAUUUUGGAUCUGUUUUCCAAUGGUCAUAACUAUGCCUUGGGUGUUGUGGUUGGUGGACACUGGACAGACACUGUGACAGUGUUCUUCUGUGGGGUGGUCUGAAUGUGAAUGUGCCGAAGUAUGCGGAAAUUGUCGUAAUGUGAUUAUCUCUGAACAUUUAACCCUGUGUCCCCAAGUUUACAAAUAAGUGCAUAGCUUCUAGUGACAUCCCAUUCCCUAGCACCUGACGGGCGAUUUAUGAGGCUGGUAAUGCUUCCCGAAGCGCUCCUGUACAAAUGCACUGUGGAAUGCACAGAAGGAAUUCUUAUUGCACUUUCAGUUGGGAAAUGAUCACUUGGAGCAAAAGCCACUUGUUUGCCUUCUCUUCCAAACGGAAUGCUUUUUAAAGCAGCGUACUGUCAUACCAUAUUUGUGCUUUUCUACAUUUGAAACCCUUGUAAUGAGUUUUGUAACUCAUUUUAAUGAUUCACAUCGAUAAUAAACACUUCAUUAACAAUAAGGAAUAUGAUCAAUCUAUUGGUUCUGCAUCGUUAUAGGAAGUGAGCUAUGAGACAUAUUUAUUUUCUUAUUAGAAAGUGUGUGUGUGUUGACAGGAUAAAGUGGCCAACACAUGGUGCAGCUUGAAUGUCCUAAUAAAGAUCAAGACCAUCCUGUCCACUGAUACCCAGCUCUACCUCAGGUAAUCCCCCUCUUUAUCUCUCCAUCUCACGCUCUCUCACAGAGUGAAAAUAAGAUUAUCCCUUGAAUACUGAGAUACUGAUCACUACCAGCUGCUAUGGGCACUCUGACAACUAUUGGAAAUCUGCUGAUGAGAUUUCAGAUUUGGAAUGCUAACAGAAACUAUUUGAACCAUUUCUGUUUGAGAAACAGCAGUUAGCUAACUUCUCUGUGUUGACAUGAAGUGUUAUGCCAGUCAAAGCUGAUUCUCCUCCAAGGUCCUUAUGAAUGAGAAGAUGCUACAGUCAAUCAGUCAUAGAACCCUUCUCAUGUUGUCAUGGUGGUGCGUGCUUGAAUAACCUGUGGGGCUAUAUUUAGGGGUGCUGUGUGCACUCUGCACAGGAUGCACACCUUUCUGCCAGACUGUUAAGACCAGGGAUUAACUGGGACUUCAAGGACUCUAGUGUAUUAAAACAAAUGAAAACACUAGAGCUUUUUGGCCAUGGGUGAAUAUUAUAAUAACUAUGUUUGGGGGAGGGAUACCUUGCUGUAGAAUGUGUCAUAAAACAAUGGAUCGCUCGUCUCCUGAUCGUUACAAUAGAAGUGGACUACUGGAUAAUGUAUUAAUGUAUAUGCAUGUUACUACUACGUUUCUGUCAAGACUGUCUCACAACGUAAAUAACAGGAUGGAUCACCUGUGGGACGUUAUCUGGGAACUGUAUCCCCAAAUCACCAUGACCCCCACCUCCGUAGCACACCCCUCUUGCCCCGUGUUGGGGGUCCCGAUACCCCUCUCCCCAGGGGCCCUUUAGGCCUGAUACAGCUGCCCUACCGUACCUCCCUGGCCCCCCUCCCUUCCUGUGUCUCUAUCCUCUGUGAGUGACAAUUGAAGGGUUAAACUAAUGCUGGGUUGCCCUAAGCGAAGCCAGUAUUUGGUACAUUUCCCACAUAGCUGGGGUCUUAUGGUUUGACCAGGCUGGGUUAAAACAAGCCUGCAGUAGAGCAGCCGCACGGUUGAGUUUAACCCCGAAGGUUAGGUUUCAGGGCUGGGCCCUUCACUGUUUAGACAGAUUGAUCAUAGUCUUGUUGAUAGAUUACAUCAUUCUUCUGUUAUUGUUUUGUUUUCAGUUUGACCGCCACUCUCCUGGCUAUCCUACCUUCAUCUAUAAAACUGUUGAUGAAACCUACAUUCUGGCAGUUAAAACUUGCCUUGGUAAGUGAGUAUUUUUGUACUUUUUACUGAUGUUUGAUUACAGAGAAUGGUGUAAUGCUAACCUGUGUAAACUGUCAUUUCAGGUCAACUCCUCUCUGGCAUUCUUCCUUUUCUCCUUCCAAGUCCACGAGAAAUCAAUCCUCCUGCCUGCCUUGUGAGUAGAGGGGAGGAGUAGGGGUGUGUGUUCGCAUGCGUGUGUGCCUUCCUGGCUGCAUGCGGUUCAUAAUCAUUUAACUCACCGACUGCAGUGCAGUAUGUAAAAAGCAACAGGCAGCUGUAAUCGCUAGGCUAUCAAGGUUUUACUGAGCGGUGGGAUUUUGUUACAGAUUUUGCUGAUCUAAUCAUCUAGAUUAGGCUGAUUUGUUGCUUUAUUAACUAUUGAGUUAUAUCUCCCACCUGUCUGUCCCUGAAUCAGUCAGUAAUGCAUGUCCAGGGAUUAGGGAGGAACACCGGGCUGUGGAGAAGAGGAGGAGGACAUUGUUUGUGGUGGAUCAAUUAUUGGGGCUAUAGGAAUGGGUGUAACUGGACACGCAAACAGGAGUUGGAACCGAUUCAGGGAACAUAACUGUAUUUUAUUUAUUUUUAAUUUUUUGGGGAACAGAAUCAGAACGAAAGUGAUCUAUACUGUUCUGGAACAGAACCGUUAUUUUAAAAGUAUGGGAACCUGUUAAUAACGUUAUUUUAUGUUGCGGGCAUUUUGUUGGGGUCCCACAACAAGGCGCCUAUGCAAAGCCCUCACACACAAGCUUGUUAGCUAGCUCUGGUCCAACUUUAAGCCAACUCUCGGAAGUCCAUAGACAUUCAAAGUUCCUCUGUAGAAUCUGCUACUCCGUAGGUAUAAUUCUGAGAGCAUAAUUCAGAUAAUGCAUGUCAUAAAAAGAUGCCCAGCGCUUCAAGCCAAGCCUCCUCCACCCUCUCUCGGUCUCUCCCUACCCGCAAAAUUUCAUUCGCAUAUCGCGCCCUACACUUGUCUGUCCAUCGCACAUGUAAACAGCUAUAGCCUAGGCGGCCGAUAGCGCCCAUGCACUAUCGGCUGCCUAGGCUAAAACAACUAUAGCUUGCCCGCUCCAUAGCAAGCUGCUCUAUUCGCAGUGCUUGGUGAAGUAAUUGAAUGUUGAGCUAAUGUAAAAAAAAAAAAAAUUAUUUCAGGUUUAAAAAGGAACGAUAUAAAACUGUACUUUUUUUGUGUUCGAACCGGUCCAGAACUUUAUUUUGGAACAGUGGAACGAAACAGAAAAAAUAAUGGUUCUGUUCAGAACUAAACGAUUAGAUUUUUUGGGGUUCAAUCCCCUGCACACAAAGACUACUACUGUAAUUAGAAGCUCUGGGAGCGAUGGGCACCCUAUUCCCUAUAUAGUGCACUACUUUUGACCAGGGCCCAUAUUGUUUGUUGUUAAAUAAAGUGUGUAUAACUUAAGUGUGUGUAACCCUUUCUCCUCUAAUACUUUGUGUCUGCCUCCAGGCCAGUCUGCCUGCUACUGAAUGACCUCCCUCUGCCAGCCAUCUGGUUUCUACAGGCUUCCACCUUCAGGUAGGAAGCUACAGUAGGGGAAACUAUAGUGGACCAAUAACAACAGACCAGGUUAAAGGUCAUAGGAGAGACCGUUCGAUAAAAAGUACAAUCUUGUACAUUAAAUGUAACUUGUAAAAAUCGCUGUUAGCAAAAUCCUCAAAAAGUAUAGGAUGCUCUGUCAGAUGAAUUUUUUUGUGUUGAUAUUCUUUGGAGGAUUUUAUUUGUGAAGAGUCAAGAAAAUAUAAAAAUGGAGUCAUUGUAAAGGGAGCAGUCAGAGAGGAGAUGAAGCUGACUACUAAGUUAGUACUACUAACUUUCACCCUAGCUGUCGUUAAAUUCUUCCGGCAGUACUAAUUGUUGUGUGCGUGGUUUAGUGUAGGGAUAUCUGUGGAUUACACUGCAUAGUCAACAUACCUCUUCUCUAAGCAUGUUUUGGGACAGCAGGGCAUUCUAUGGGCCUCUAGAACUGUCUAACUGGCAUGGCUCGCAUUGUGCAUCUCCACUCCACCCAUUGUUGAAGACAUACACUACAUGACCAAAAGUAUGUGGACGCCUGCUCGUCAUUCCAAAGUCAUUAAUAUGGAGUUUGUCCCCUCUGCUGCUAAAACAGCCUCCACUCUUCUGGAAAGGCUUUCCACUAGAUGUUGGAAUAUUGCAGCAGGGACUUGCUUCCAUCCAGCCACAAAUGCAUUAGUGAGGUCAGGCGAUUAGGCCUGGCUCGCAGUCGGCGUUCCAAUUCAUCCCAAAGGUGUUCGAUGGGGUUGAGGUCCGGGCUCUGUGCAAGCAGGUCAAGUUUUUCCACACCGAUCUCAACAUACCAUAUCUGUAUGGACCUCGCUUUGUGCACGGGGGAAUUGUCAUGCUGAAACAGGAAAGGGCCUUCCCCAAACUGUUGCCACAAAGUUGGAAGCACAGAAUCGUCUAGAAUGUUAUUGUAUACUGUAGCGUUAAGAUUUCCCUUCACUGGAACUAAGGUGCCUAGCCCGAACCAUGAAAGACAGCCCCAGGCCAUUAUUCCUCCUCCACCAAACUUUACAGUUAGCACUAUGCAUUGGUCCAGAUAGCUUUCUCCUGGCAUCCGCCAAACCCAGAUUAGUCCGCCGGCCUACCAGAUGGUGAAGCGUGAUUCGUCACUCCAGAGUCCAAUGGCGGAGAGCUUUACACCACUCCAGUCAACGCUUGGCAUUGCGCAUGAUCUUAGGCUUGCGUGCGGCUGCUCGGCCAUGGAAACCCAUUUCAUGAAGCUCCCGACGAAUAGUUAUUGUGCUGACGUUGCUUCCAGAGGCAGUUUGGAACUCGGUAGUGAGUGUUGUAACCGAGGACAGACAAUUUUUACACGCUUCAGCACUGGGCGGUCCUGUUCUAUGAGCUUGUGUGGCCUACCACUUCGCGGCUGAGCCUAUGUUGCUCCUAGACGUUUCCACUUCACAAUAACAGCACUUACAGUUGACCGGGAGAAAUUUGAUAAACUGACUUGUUGGAAAGGUGGCAUCCUAUGACGGUGCCACGUUGAAAGUCACUGAGAUCUUUAGUAAGGUCAUUCUACUGCCUAUGUUUGUCUAUGGAGAUUGCAUGGCUGUGUGCUCGAUUUUAUACCCGUCAGCAACGGUGUGGCUGAAAUAGCCGAAUCCACUAAUUUGAAGGGGUGUCCACAUACUUUUGUAUGUAUAGUGUACAUCUUUUGUUUGGGUAAAUUGAAGACAUGAUUGCAUAAUUUAGUCAAAUGGUUGCUUAAGCACAGUUAUUGUAAGAGCAUCUGAAUGUAUUAUAGGUAUUUUGCCAAUGGAUGGGGUUUUGUUGGAUUUAAGUAGGCCCUACUAAGGCUGUGUUUUAGGCUACAUUGUUCUUGUAUUCUCUCCCUCUGCAGCAUGCUGCCGUUGUUUCUGAAGGAUGGUUUGUUGGUGCCGUAUGUCGUCACCUCCCUGGCCUUCCUGUUCUUCUCUGUCUACCUGCUCUCGGCCCUGGAGCACUGCUCAGAGGACAAGCUACGUCUGGGGCCCUACCGCCGCCUCCUCCUCAUCUGCAUGCGCCGCAUGGACCUCGGCAGAGUCACCAAGUGGAAAGUAAGUGUGGCCUAGUGGUGUGAACAAAUACCCUUUCACAUUGCACUACCCCAUAUGCCUGUCAUCAUUCAUUCAUAGCAAGAAAUGUAUCAGAUUGCAAAGCAAACUCUUUAUCUGGAUAGUCCAUCUGUAGAUGCUCUACAUACUAUCAGUAACAUUUCAUCUAUCUACUAACCACAGCCUUUAUCCUAACCUUAACCCAUAAACAGAUAGUCCAGAUUUUCCAUCUUCAUACUAUCCAAAUAAAGUGUGACCCAGAUUGUUUUACCAGGCAGAUAGUUGCAAUGUUGUCUGUCUGUUCUAGUAGUGGGUAGGGCAGGGGUGCUCCAAUAUUUUCUUUACCUUACUCAAGUUAGUAGGGAGAUGAGCUGAUUUAGAUUUUAUUUGACAAUUUGAAAUACAAAAAAAAAGCCACACCAGGCAAAAAAUACAUGUACCAAAAUGACAGAGGAUUAUAUACACAAAAAGACUAAACAUUGUGGUCCUCUAUUAACUGGUGAUCAGAAGCUUGUUGUCAGUUUCCUAAUAGUCUUAGGUGGUAGCUACAUACUUGAGCACAGCAGCUCUAACCCUAACCUGAAUGGCAUCAGCGUGAGAAGAUAUACAUCUCUCCAACUGGAUAAAUAAAGAUCAUGUGCCACUGUACUGUAAGCCGUUUAGGCUGCCUGGGAUGGGAAAGAGGAUACCUAGUCAUUUGCACAACUGAAUGCAUUCAACUGAAAUGUGUGCUCAGGGAGCAGUUGUUGUUGGGGCCUUGCUCAAGGGCAGAACGGCAAAUUUUUCUCUGGGAUUCGAACCAGUGACCUUUCGGUUAAUGGCCCAACACUUAACCGCUAAGCAACCUGCCGGAUGAAAGCCACUGCCAGGCCCCAAGUAUUAUUUAUCACUUAUUUAAGUUACAGGCAUCUCUGAAGUGCCUGCCUGGCCCUGGCCAACUCUGCUGCUGCACCAUCCCCUCCUUUAGAGACAGAUGGGAGGGGGGGGAAGCAUCCCAAAUGGCACCCUAUUCCCUAUAUAGUGCACUACUUAUGGCAAGAGGACUCUGGUCAAAAGUAGUGCACUAUAUAGGGAAUAGGAUGGGCCAUUGGGAUGGGUGCCAUUUGGGAUUGGGACAUAGCCAGAGACACCGCCACCAGACGGAGCUGUGCGAGAUCAGAAGGUGUCUUUUUAUAGAGUCAUUAACAGAGGUUUGCUUAGACAUAUUUAUUUAUACAAGAGGCGUAAAUAAGGAUGCCCAGUGAUGGGUCUAGGGUUUCAUGGGGUUGGUCUCAUACGGAGGUGCUUACCGCCACCUACCCUCACUGAUCCCUGGGUCCCAAAUAGACAUGUUGAUCCUUCUACCAACACUCUGUUUGCCUUUCCGUUCGGGACACACCGGACUGGGCUAAAAUAAACAUCAGCUUGUGAUGAGGGAUGGUCAUGUGAUGUCUAAAAAAUUGUGUUUUCGUCUUGUCUAGUUUGAGUAGUUAUGACUAGGGCCCAGGAAAUACUUGUUUAUUUAAUUAAUAAAGCCCAUCUAAAUAGAUAAUUGAUCAAUUUGAAUCCCUUGUCAAGUUCACUUUCUGAUUAGACUGGAAUUGAAAUCGAAAUUUGAGGCCCACUACUGGGCUGUGAGAGGGCCUUGGCUCUUGGCUUAUAUCCUGUGAUGGCUUAACUCCCUUGAAAAAGAAGGAACUGAACUCUCUCUCAAUCUCUCCUGCAGUUCUAUUGUUCCAUCAUGGCCAUGGCUGGUUUGAGCUUGAUGAGCGUGGUGCUGGCCCCUCCGGCCCAGCUGCCUGAUUUGUUUCCACUCCUGGUGUCUGUGUUCUCAUACCACCACUUCCUGGGCCUCUUCCUCUACUUCAACAUUGUCCAGAUUGCCGAGCCGCCACCACCUGGGAGGAAGAACCAGAAGAAAAGUAACUGAGUAAUUAUAAGGGAGGAAGAACCAGAACUGAGUAGUCAUUAGGGUGGAAAAAUCUGAAGAACUGUGUAGUCGCCACCCAGCUGAAAGAGAGAACUUACUAAGCACAGUGCUUCAGUCAAUGAGCGCCAUAGACCAAUAAGGCUCAUGAACCAACUACCAGACUAAGGCCAAUCAUUUAGAAUCUUUAUUUUCUAGAGAGAACCCUCCUGAAUGGUUGCUGUUUUGUCAGUGCCUAAUUAUGUACAUCAAGCUUAGAAUUCAUUUUUUUACUUGACUGUUCAAUAUUUUCAAAUGUUUGUAUCAUCAUUACAAUUAUUUUGUACCAAUUGAGUAUGUCUUGAAAAAUAAAAUCACCUCAUGAAUUCUUGGUGAACCUGGAUUUUACAGCCAUAAUGCCAGCACAGACUGGAUCCGUCCGAAGCAGUUUCAAAUAAAAUCC